AUGGCGGAUGGAGAAGCAUCGAAAGAACUCACUGCAAAACAGCGUAAAAAUAAGAAAAAGAAGGAGGCUGCCAAACGUAAAAAGCAGGAGCAAAGUCUUAAGGUAUCUGCUGUUACGUUCGUUUGGAAAUGUACGGAGAAUGUUCUCAAUUUAAUCUUUUUUAAUGCAUAUUUUAGGAGUCUGUCGAAGGAAGUGAGAAACACGAUGAAAGGGAAACCCAAGAAAACUUCGAGGUAAAUACAAUAAAAACUGACAAAAUUUUUGAAAUAAGUUUAAUUGAUGGAUUUUUAAUGUUACUUUGAAGUCAGCAGAGGACAAGUUUCAUCGAGAGCUGAACUGGUGUAUUGAACAGCUUGAGAUGGGCCUUGCUUUUCAGAAGACUGACAAGAAACACGGUAAUUUUUUUUCGCUACUAAUAACAGAGCAAUUGAUUUUGAAAGUCAAAAAUAAUAUUUUGCUUUUCCACGCUCUGUGAUUGGUUUGAAGCUCUAGUGCCUGCUAGAUAACCAAUAAUACAGGAACGAACAUGAUAUACCCGUACCAAUUAUAACUUGGUUGCUUGUGUAGAUACCCCAUCUUUCAUUAUUUGCUCUGAGAUCAUAAUCGUAUUUCUCAAUAAAGGGGGAGGGGAGGCAGUGGAGGGGGAAUAGGGACAUGUAGGGUGGGAGGAGUAGGGGAGAGGAAAUAGAGCCUGCAUUGGUAGAUAGUGGGAGUAAAAUGAAAAAAAAAUUGAUAGUUUUUUUUAUGUUAAUAAUGUCAUGAUAAAAAUAUAUCGCAAAAGUUGACACCAAGAAGCUCAAAAAUCAGUUUACCAGGGUAUCCCUCAGGGGGCUUAUGAGUUUCCAUGGCUUCCACAUGAAGGGCUUUUUGAGAAGAGUAGAGGUCUAUGUCUAACCCUUUAACCCCUGAGAGUGAUUAGCAUCUAAUUUCUCCUUAGAAUAUCACCUCUCAAUGUUUCAUUAAGGUCAUAAGAAUAAAAGAAUGAUCACCAACUAAAGAAGCUCCUGAUUUUUUAACAAAUUCUCCUUGUCACCACCUCUGGAAAUGUAUAGAGAACAGUAUGGAGAAUAUGCAUACUGAUGUUAGGGUGUAGGCCAAACAGUAAUUCUUAUUUGUCCACUGAAUUAUCACCCAGAUUCGAUGAAUACCACAUACUGCAGGCUAUGACAAUCAACACUGAUCCCCAGUUGCCUGAUCUUUACCAGCCCCCUCUAAUAUCCACAUAAAAUUAGAAAGAAAAAUUUAAUUUUGUUAAGGCUCACCUUAAAAUUUCCAAGAUGGCAGAAGAAAGUUGUUUUCCUAUUUGGUUUGUAGCCUGUAUAAUUAUAUACCUUAAGUUGAUUUUGAAUUAUUCAUGACCUUAAUGCCUCCCUUUAUUUUUUACAACUUAUUCUAACUGUCUCAUUACCUUCAGUGGAUUGCUUUUUUGAUUAUAUGCUUAAUUGCUUUAUGUUACAGCCGAAAUUGUAAACCGUCAUUUACGAUCUUUAAAGUCUUCCAAAACACCCAUGGUAAGUUAGAACCAUUUAUAUUGCAGGGGAACUUUGCACUUCUUUUUUAUGCAGAGUUAUUUUGUUAAUGCUAUUAUGGGUUUUUGAUAACUAAAUGUUAUAACACUUGUGCUAACAGUAUAAAUAUUGAAUAAAUAGUCAAAUUAUCUUCUUUACCCUUCUGGUUUGCCUUUGGUUUAAUGUAAAAAACUUUUGAUUGAAAAAUAUAUUGUUCUCAGCCAAGAAAACGACAACUGAUGUUUUCACUGUUUGGAGACUACAGAAAGAAGAUGGAAGAAGACAGAAGAAGGGAAAAACAAGGUGACCUUGAAAAGUUAAAGAGUAUUUAAUAUCUAUGACCAGUUGAGUCAUUUCCACACUUGAAAAUUCAGUUGUCAUUGGGUUGUUCUGGAAUCAGGAAUCAGGAAAUGAAAUCUGUGUUCCUAAUUUAGAAUAUGUUUUAUAACACAGGAGAAAAAAUGUAAUUUGAUAUUCAUUUUCCUGAAAAAUUGAAAAUCAGUUGACACUAAGAAACACAGAUGAGAAAGCUUAUAAUUACAGUAGGCUUCUUUUUUUUUCUUCAAAUAUCUAGAACCAUCUGUGAAUCCAAGACUGACUACCAUUAACAGGGAAGAACAAAAAAGCAUUUUUGUCAAAGUUUGUCAGACAAAAUGCAAAGAUUCAGAUAAGGAGGUCAGUGGCUGUUAACCCUUAAUGCCUAAGAGCGAUUAGCUUCUAAUUUCUUUUAAAAAUCUUACUACAAAAUCAAACAUUUAAGUUGAAUGAAUAAACAGGAAAUGACCACUCACUAAAGAAGCUCUUGAUUUUCCAAACAAAUUCUCCUUGUUAGACCCUAGCUAAUGUAUAGAGAACAGUAUGGAGAAUAUGCAUACUGAUGUUUGGACUUAAAGGGUUAAAUUAGGGUAGAGACCAGAAUGUGAAUUAAUUACAUGAAUUCUAAUUUAACUGAAAGCACUUCAAGUCAAUAAACUAUGUAUUUUAAAAUUAACCCUUUAAGUCCCAUGAGUGACCAAGACAGAAUUUCUCCUAACAAUAUUAACACAGUAUCAACCACAUAAGUGAUGAGAAUAAAGAAAAGUAUCAAUUUGGGGAUAAUUAGUUGAUCCAAUGCUAAACUCUCUGAACUAACAUUACAAAAAUUGUAUGGUUGUCAAUGAGGAGAAUUAUAUAUUUGAUCAGAGAUUUAAAGAGUCAACUUUCCCUUGUGAGCUGAACUAGACUGAAAUCUUUAUUUUUUCUUUUUUCAUUUAAGUUUCAGUGGUUGAUUUAUUUAAUAGUUAUUGUAAUUAUUAUUAUUAUCAUUUUUAAUUACAGAAAGCCACAGACAAAGAAGAGAUUCCUUCAAACAAUGUCUGGAAGUUUCAAACAUCUGAUAAUGAGUUCAGAUUUGAUUUUGCUGAUUCAAGAAGCUAGAAAGUCGGUUGGACCAAUUUACUUUUAUGAAGUAAUGUGGAAGUUAUGCAAUGCAAGGAUGCAACAGGUUAAGGAGUAGAUGAAAGUAAGGCAUACUUCAGUCAGAGCAGUUACCACCAGCUUGUUACAUAUUUCAGUUAGAGCAGUUAUCACCUGCUUGUCGCAUACUUCAGUAAGAGCAGUUACCACCAGCUUGUCACAAAUUUCAGUAAGAGCAGUUACCACUACUAGCUUUCCAGAGAGAGUUAGAGUGGUACGUUAAAGUGUACUUUCAGGUAAACCAUUUCAUUUCAACUCAACUUGGUGAAAAACUUCAGUUAAGGAAAUUGAAUUUUUUUCAGGACAUAAAAUUUUAUUUAAGAGAUUAAAGGCACUACAUUUCUUUUUUUUGGUGUUCAUUUCAAGGCUAGUUUCAAGCAAUUAAUCAGUUCAGUUGAGGAUGCAGUUAUCAUGUUGAGUUCAAAGUUUACCUUGUUUCCAAGCCUCUUGUCUAUGUAGUGUUUUCCAACUUUUACAAACUCAAAGAGAAGUGCCUGCAUUGGAAGAUUGUUUGAAAAACAAUCUAUAAUAAAACUGAAUAAUUAUUGAAUUCAGUUUUCACAUGAUAUUGUGAACUAUCUAUUCACCUUGUGUCUACAUUAUCAGCUGCCUCUGCCUUUGACUUUGGCAGAUAACUCUGACCUUGGUCUUGAUAAUUCAUGAUAUCAUGCUCAACCUUAUCCAAUAACUACUAAGCAUUAAACAAAAACUGUUUGUCUGUAAAAUGUGUACGUAACCACAGAAUUUUUACUCUCAGGAUUUUAUAUUAACAGUUGGACUCUCUCCUGGGUGUUCUCUAUUCCGAUUAACCUCCUAAGAGUGACCAGUAUUUCAUUUCUUCUUACAGUAUCACCCCUGAAUCAAAUAUUAAGGUCAUAAGAUUAAAAAAUGAUCACCAGCUAAAGAAGGUCAUGAUUGUUGAUCAAAUUCUCCUCGUCAGCCUCUUAGGAUAUGUACAGAGAACUUAUUGAGAAUAUGCAUACUGAUGUUAGGGUGUAAAGGGUUAAAUCAGUCAUGAUUUGGUGUCAAAUCCAAAUAGCACCUCCAGUUGAUCUAGUUCAUAACAUUGCUUUUUCUGGUUAUCUUUCUCUAGCCUUUUAAGGUUAAAGUGACGAGCAUCUAAUUUCUCCUGUGAGCAUAACCACUAAAUGGCUGUGAAUAUAUGGAAAUCAACUUCAGAUUAAUAAAAAUUAAUGAAUUUGAAAGCAAUCUUUGCAGUAAUGAAUACUACUUAAACAGUAGUGAAAUUAAGGUCAGC